AUGUUAUCUGCUAGAACCUCAUUAAAGAACAUUGCUCGUCGUGUUCCAGCCUUAACUCGUGCUCAAUCUACUGCUCCAACCGGAACUGUCAUCGGUAUCGAUUUAGGUACCACCAAUUCAGCAGUUGCUGUUAUGGAAGGUAAAAUUCCAAAGAUUUUGGAAAACUCUGAAGGUGGUAGAACUACUCCUUCUAUUGUUGCCUUCACUAAGGAAGGUGAAAGAUUAGUUGGUAUCCCAGCUAAACGUCAAGCUGUUGUUAACCCAGAAAAUACUUUAUUCGCCACCAAACGUUUAAUUGGUCGUCGUUUCGAAGAUGCCGAAGUUCAAAAGGAUAUCAACCAAGUUCCAUACAAGAUUGUCAAGCACGGUAAUGGUGAUGCUUGGUUAGAAGCUAGAGGUGAACAAUACUCUCCACAACAAAUUGGUGGUUUCAUUUUAAAUAAGAUGAAGGAAACUGCUGAAGCUGCUUUAGGUAAGAAGAUCAACAAUGCUGUUGUUACCUGUCCAGCUUAUUUCAAUGAUGCUCAAAGACAAGCUACCAAGGAUGCUGGUAAGAUUGUUGGUUUAAAUGUUUUAAGAGUUGUUAAUGAACCAACUGCUGCUGCUUUAGCUUAUGGUUUAGAAAAGAAUGAUGGUCAAGUUGUUGCCGUCUUCGAUUUAGGUGGUGGUACUUUCGAUAUCUCUAUUUUAGAUAUCGGUGCUGGUGUUUUCGAAGUCAAGUCUACUAAUGGUGAUACUCACUUGGGUGGUGAAGAUUUCGAUAUUGCUCUUGUCAGAUAUAUUGUUGAAAACUUCAAGAAGGAAUCUGGUCUUGAUUUAGAAAAGGACAGAAUGGCCAUUCAACGUAUUAGAGAAGCUGCUGAAAAGGCCAAGAUUGAAUUAUCUUCUACUGUUUCUACUGAAAUUAACUUACCUUUCAUCACUGCUGAUGCUUCUGGUCCAAAACAUAUCAACCAAAAGAUUUCUAGAUCUCAAUUUGAAUCUUUAGUUGAUCCAUUAAUCAAGAAGACCGUUGACCCAUGUAAGAAGGCUCUUAACGAUGCUGGUUUAUCUACUUCCGAUAUUUCUGAAGUUAUCUUAGUCGGUGGUAUGUCUAGAAUGCCAAAGGUUAUUGAAACCGUCAAGUCUAUUUUCGGUAGAGAACCAUCCAAGGCUGUUAACCCUGAUGAAGCUGUUGCUAUGGGUGCUGCUAUCCAAGGUGGUAUCUUAGCUGGUGAAGUUAAGGAUGUUGUCUUGUUAGAUGUUACUCCAUUAUCUUUAGGUAUUGAAACCAUGGGUGGUGUUUUCGCUAGAUUAAUUUCUAGAAACACUACUAUCCCAGCCAAGAAGUCCCAAAUCUUCUCCACUGCUUCUGCUGGUCAAACCUCUGUUGAAAUCAGAGUCUUCCAAGGUGAAAGAGAAUUAACCAGAGACAACAAAUUAAUUGGUAACUUUACGUUAUCUGGUAUUCCACCAGCUCCAAAGGGUGUUCCACAAAUUGAAGUCACCUUUGACAUUGAUACCGAUGGUAUCAUCAAGGUUUCUGCUCGUGAUAAGGCUACCAACAAGGAUGCUUCUAUUACCGUUGCUGGUUCUUCUGGUUUAUCUGAUGCUGAAAUUGAAAAGAUGGUUAAUGAUGCCGAAAAAUACGCUGAAUCUGAUAAGGCUAGAAGAGAUGCUAUUGAAUCUGCCAACAGAGCUGAUCAAUUAUGUAACGAUACUGAAAACUCCUUAAAUGAAUACAAGGAUAAAUUAUCUCCAGAAGCUACUGAAAAGGUUAAGGAACAAAUCACUCAAUUAAGAGAAAUUGUUCUUAAGGCUCAAGCUGGUGAAGAAGUUGCUCCAGAAGAAUUGAAGACCAAGACUGAAGAAUUACAAAAUGAAGCUAUGAACUUGUUCAAGGACUUAUAUAAGGACACUGGUUCUUCUUCUGGAUCUUCUGGUUCUGAAGAACCACCAAAGAACUAA